AUGGAUCAAAAUGUUAAAUCUGAAAUGAUGAAUGGUGGUUGGAUAUUAAAAACUUAUUCUUUGAAUAAUAUUAUUGAAUUCGAUGAUGAAAUUACAAAUAUUUAUAUUGAUUGUAUUCAAAGUGAUUCAACUCCAUCACCUUCUGAUGAACAUUCCAUUAUUGAUAGUAAUGAAGAAGAUUAUUAUGCAAUGAAAUUAGGUUAUUUGAAUAUUGGUGAAAAAUUGUUAGAUUUGAACUUGAAACCAAUUGAACAAGUUGAAAUUACUAAGUCAUUCAAUGAAUCAACCUUGGAAGAAUCUCAAUUAAUUUGUGAUUUGAAUUUGAAAUGGAAUCCAAUUGAUUGUUACAAGUAUUUCAUUUUCAAACAAGGAGAAGAUGAACAACUUGAAUUAUUGGGUAGAACAUUAAGACCAUUUUAUAGAAUUAACAAACAAGUUCAUGAUGUCAAGUUAUUAGUCAAAUAUCUUUAA